UGUCCAACAAUCCAAGCUGCGCCUUGGCUUGGGCUGCGUUUCACACUGUUGCGGUUUGCACUCCAAACCAGUUUGAUGGUAGAGUUCUUGGUGGACGACCGCGGAUGAGGUCCGCCAGGAUGGUAACUGCGGACUACAUAUGCAUUACAGUGCGCGGAGGAGCGCCGUGGGGCUUCAGCCUACAAGGGGGUGGAGGGGACCUUCACGAGCCUCUGCGUGUCUCCCGGGUGGAUAAGGGGGGCCAUGCGGCCCUGGCGGGACUCUGCGAGGGGGAUGAGGUGGUGUCCCUGAACGGGAGGACCUGUUCGGACCUGACCCUCGCGGACGCCAUGGCUCUGAUGGACUCCGCCACCGACCGCCUUAGUCUGCUUGUCAAAAGGUACCAGGCCUCUGAUCCUCUGGGCCCAGAUGGGGACCAGCGUCAUUUUGGGGUGCAGGAGCCCGUGGAAGAGGGUCUAGAGAGCACCACCCUCCAGAUAUGGCCCCGGAGGGAGCUGUACAUCUCAGAGUCCCAGGACGAGGCCUACUACGGCGAGUCGGAGAGCGACCCCGAGAUUUCAGCAAAAGCCCCACCAGCCCCCGCCAGCGCCGGCAGCAGAUUUGUGGCCCCCUGCCCCGGGGGCCCCCAGGGGCCCUUCACCACUGGUGCCUUGGUGGAGCUGCAGCUCUCUCUCGCCGACCACACCCUGGAGGAGCGCGAUCGAGCCGGCGGCGGCGGAACCGCGCUGGGGGACGGGCGGGCCGGGACGGCGGUCACCGUGACGACGGAGGUGGCCCCCAGGGACCCCGAGACCAGGCUCCGCAGCGCACCCACGACCAGCCCCUGCAUCAGCAGCACCCUGCACAUCCCCAUCAGCAGCAGGGAGCCGCUGGGACAGAGGGGUGAGGUGGAGGUCACCCUGCGGGGCUUUGGGAGGGGCCGGCGGAGGGAGGAGGAGGGGGAGGAGGUCAGGCCGAGGGGGUGUGUUGAUCCUCAGGCGGCGCCUCCCGCUCAGGUCUCCUUCUCAGUCUCUUCCUCGGAGGGGGCCGAGACUGCCGACCAACCCGACACCGAGUCCGAGGGCGACCCCAGCAAGCCCAGCAAGCACCGGGCCAGGCACGCCAGGUUCAGGCGCAGUGAGAGCCUGUCGGAGAAGCAGGUGAAGGAGGCCAAGUCUAAAUGUAAGCGCAUUGCUCUGCUGCUGACCGCGGCCCCGAACCCCAACAGCAAAGGGGUGUUGAUGUUCAAGAGGCGCCGGCAGAGGGCCAAGAAGUACACGCUCGUGAGCUACGGGACCGGGGAGACCGAGCCCGAGGAGUCGGACGAGGAAGACGAGGCCCAGGAAUUCGAGUUCACCCUCCUGGACGCUACAGAGUCGGGACUUGACGAGGACUUCCUGGCUCAUGCCCAACGACGCGGCCACAUCCUGACCUUGGACUGGGACACGGGGCUGUUGGAGAUCGAGAAGAAGCUUGACGGCGGCGAGGACAUGGAGUGCCUGCCGGAUACCAAGGGCAAGGGGGCGCUGAUGUUCGCCAAGAGGCGGCAGAGAGUGGACGAGAUCACGGCCGAGCACGAGGAGAUGCGGAGGAAGGGCCUGCCUGUGGAGGCCAUGGUGCCGGAGGCCGAGGCCCCUCAGGUCUCAAAGCAGAUGUCCUACCAGGUGGAGGAACACACCUAUGUGCAGUCUCCGGGUGGCCAGGUCUACAUGGACCUGAACGUUCAGCAGCAACAGCAGCAGCAGCAGCAGCAACAGUAUCAGGAGUAUCAACAGCAGCAGCAACUUUAUGAGCAACAGAGGGCCUACCAGCAGCAACAAUACCAACAACAGCAACAUUACGAGCAGCAGCAGCACUACCAACAACAGCAACAUUACGAGCAGCAGCAACACUACCAACAACAACAUUACGAGCAGCAGCAACAGCACCAACAACAGCAACAAUAUCAGCAACAGCACUACCAGCAACAGCAUCAUUAUGAGCAGCAGCAACACUACCAACAGCAGCAGCAGCAGCAGCAGUACUCUCACACUAUGAAUGGUAUAGUUAGUCACCAAAUAGACGCGCAAAGAUCUGCGGCCCCUAAUGUGACAGCCAAGCCCUACUCAGGGGUCCAGAACAGGGUGCCUGCUCCUUUUCUGCCUUCACAGUCACACGCACAGGCCUGGACUCCGACAGGCUCCGGCGAGCAGAUCGCCUCACGGGACGAGCGCAUUUCGGUGCCGGCGAUCAAAACUGGGAUCCUGCAGGAGACCAGGAGGAGAAAUGCGUCCAAGCCCAUGUUCACUUUCAAAGAGGCCCCUAAGGUUUCCCCCAACCCAGAGCUGCUGAAUCUUCUCAACAGGCAAGACAAGAAACCCGGCUUUGAGUCAGAGGAGGACUACCUCAGCCUGGGUGCAGAGGCUUGUAACUUCCUGCAGUCGACAGGUGGCAAGAAAAAGGUUCCCCCACCUGUCGCUCCAAAGCCCUCCAUCAACCCGGCUUCACCUCCAUGGUCCCCUCAACCUGAAAACUCCAGCCAGGCUACUUCCCAACAGGCACAAUACGAAGCGGCUGCUCCUGCUGAAGCCCCUCCCACUGAAGCUCCUCCUCCUGCUCCUGAGAAACCUCCACCUACACAGCAACAAGCUACAGUAAGUUCCUGGAGCCCACCGGAACCUCAAGCUCAACCCCUGCAAGCUGAGGCUCAGAGUCUCUCCCAAAAUCAUGAGCCUGCCCACCAGCCUGUGACUUCCUGGGCCCCAGCUCAGAGCGAGUCGCAGCCACAGGCCCCCGUGACCGCCUGGGCCCCAGCUCAGAGCGAGUCACAGCCUCAGGCCCCUGUGACUGCCUGGGCCCCAGUGCAGAGCGAGUCACAGCCACAAGCCCCUGUGACUGCCUGGGCCCCAGUGCAGAGCGAGUCACAGCCACAAGCCCCUGUGACCGCCUGGGCCCCAGCUCAGAGCGAGUCACAGCCACAGGCCCCCGUGACGGCCUGGGCCCCAGCUCAGAGCGAGUCACAGCCACAAGCCCCCGUGACCGCCUGGGCCCCAGCUCAGAGCGAGUCACAGCCACAAGCCCCCGUGACGGCCUGGGCCCCAGCUCAGAGCGAGUCACAGCCACAGGCCCCCGUGACCGCCUGGGCCCCAGCUCAGAGCGAGUCACAGCCACAAGCCCCCAUGACCGCCUGGGCCCCAGCUCAGAGCGAGUCACAGCCACAGGCCCCCAUGACGGCCUGGGCCCCAGCUCAGAGCGAGUCACAGCCACAAGCCCCCGUGACCGCCCGGGCCCCAGCUCAGAGCGAGUCACAGCCUCAGGCCCCUGUGACCGCCUGGACCCCAGCGCAGAGCAAGUCACAGCCACAAGCCCCUGUGACUGCCUGGGCCCCAGUGCAGAGCGAGUCACAGCCACAAGCCCCCGUGACCGCCUGGGCCCCAGCUCAGAGCGAGUCACAGCCACAAGCCCCCGUGACCGCCUGGGCCCCAGCUCAGAGCGAGUCACAGCCACAGGCCCCCAUGACGGCCUGGGCCCCAGCUCAGAGCGAGUCACAGCCACAGGCCCCCGUGACGGACUGGGCCCCAGCUCAGAGCGAGUCACAGCCACAAGCCCCCGUGACCGCCUGGGCCCCAGCUCAGAGCGAGUCACAGCCACAGGCCCCCGUGACCGCCUGGGCCCCAGCUCAGAGCGAGUCACAGCUAUCCUGGGUUUCACCACCCCAGCCAGAGCAACAGCCCAAACCACCCCCACGCAAACAGCAUACCUGGGCCCCGUCAUCACCGCCCCAAGUGCAGGUAGACACCCAAGUGCAACCCCCCUGGCCGCAGUCCUCCCCAACUGAGGCACAGGUCGAGGCUCAACCUCGCUGGCCUUCCCCACCCCAGCCCCAGUCCCCCGCGACCGCGUGGGCCCCCCAGCCCAACCAUGCUCCGGCGAGCGCCAUGGCCUCAGCCCAAAAUCACGUAGCGGCUCACCAGCCGGCGAAGUCCCAGAAUCCCCCGGAGCGCUCUGCGGUUCCACCACCUCCACCGCGACGGAUUAACUCCUAUACGCAUGUGUCAAAGGCCCUGUCCGAAUCUCCGGCCGGCCCAGGCCCAGCUUUCGGGAUGCCCGCCCUCAGAGGCAAAGGGGCAGAGCUGUUUGCCAAGAGGCAGUCCCGUAUGGAGAAGUAUGUGGUGGACUCUGCUACCGUGGAGGCUAACAGAGCUAAAGCUCAGUCCCCCACUGCUUCUUUGCCCGGCUCAUGGAAGUAUUCCUCUAACAUCCGAGCUCCUCCACCCCUCUCCUACAAUCCCAUCCAGUCCCCUUCCUAUCCCCCCGGGGCAGUCAAGCCGGCACCUUCAUCCGGCCCUGCCGCAAAGGCUAAGGGCAAGGGCAAGGGGAAGGGAAAACCGGUCAAACCUCUCCAUGCCCUGGAUGUCAUGAAAUAUCAGCCCUACCAGCUGAACUCAUCCCUCUUCACUUAUGGCCCAGCUGUGGAAACAAGUCCAAAGCCAACACCCUCCCCUGUCCCCGCCCCUUCCCCUGCACCUGUUAGCCAAAAUCAACCAAUCAGAUAUGAGAAAGUUGCUGCAGUCCAGCCUUCUGGACCAAUGAGUGCUCAUUAUCCUGUCUCAUCACAGCAACCCCAACACCCUCAGCAUCCUCCUUAUGGGGCAGCUCCUGGUUACCAAGAUGGUCCCUCUUACCAAAUGUCUGCUAAUUCCUACCAACAACCACCUAACCCUGUCUAUCAGCCAGGUCCUAGCCCUCCCUACCAACAAGUCCCAAGCCCUUCUUACCAACAAGUUCCUAGCCCUGCCUACCACCAAGCCUAUAACCCUGCCUAUCAACAAGCCCCUAGCCCUCCCUAUCCAGCAGCUCCUUCAGCACCCUACCAACCAGCUCCUAACCCUCUCCCUCCCAGUUCCUACGUGGUUCCCAAGUUCCCCGUUCCCUCGAAAGCUGAGCCUGCAGCCGCGGGUGUGGUCCUGGCUGCUCCAAAGCCCAAGUUCUCUGCAAAAAAGUCCGCAGCUCAGGUGUGGAAACCAGCAGCCGUGGAGCAGGAAAGAGAAGAUGGCAACAGUGGCCAGCCAAAUACACAUCAAGGCAGUACGGCAGACGGAAUCUUUGUGGGGCUGGGCAGAGGAUACAUUCAGUCCCUGUCCCGGAGGUCGGAGCACACGGUCCGUCUGUCGGCGCCGGGACCCCAGCCUUUCGGAGGGGCGAGGCAGGUGUCCUGGCUGGAGAAGGGGUACAAGCCCCCCACGCCCUGGCAGGCGGCCUGCCGAAGCCCGUUCGGGCUGGUGGACGAGGCCUUCUCCCUCCGAAACCUGCAGCAGUCCAUCGCCUACACCGUCAAGACCGCCGCCCAGCGCAAGGCCCUGCCGGAGCCCCCGGAGGAGUGGAAGGCCCGCGUGUCCUACGAGCCCCCCCCGGGGAACGGGGCCCGCUUCCGCCCCCCGCCGGCCUUCGCGUCCCCGUCCAAGAGCACGGCGUCGGCCCCGCCCGCCCCCGUCCCGCGCGCGCUCCCCCUCAGGAUGCAGCUGCCCCAGAGGUCCGUGACAGAGUCCAGCGUCAGGUACAUCGGGACGAGCUUCGUGGGUUACGGUGCCCAGCCGGCCUACAGGCCCUCCUACAACACGGGCUGGAGGUGGUAAUGCAGCGCACUUGCAGAAAUUUCGCUUUAACGCCUAAAACAGAAAUAAGGAACACUGUGUCUGAAUAUAUGCAAAAAAAAAUCAUGAUUUACCAUUUACCAUAUUGUGGCUGUGUGUAUAUGAGUUACUUUAGUGGUGUUGACUAUAAAGAAUGUAUAACACACAUCAACCAUAGAGAUAAAAAGCCGUACUGGCAGAAGGGGAAUCCCCAGGUGAAAGAAUUCCUUAAAAAGGGUAGUCUGGAUGUAAGUCCAAGUGAAAUUAAUGUAGAGGCCUUCGAGGAAAGCUGUUGAAACACCAGUCGAUUUGUGGCACAGCUUAAAGCCUAAAUAUCCGUCAUCAAUUUUGAUACUUUGCUUCACUACACAGUCUAUUUUGCUUUUUCUUCCGAAGUGUGGUACACGUGGACUCAAACUAUGAAACCGUUUAGUGUCUUUGUAAAUCUGGAAGUACGGUGUUGCCAGAAUGACUUAUUACGUGGAGGAGAAAUUGGAUCACAAAAAGCAGCCAUUGUGGUCCACAGUAAUGAAACUGAAGACGAUAUUGAUUAGCAUGUGAACUCGUGAGGAUUCAAUGAUCGUGUGGGUCUGGGCUUUGGUUUUUUGAAAGAUUUCAGACAGCCUGUUGGCAUGAGGUUCAGGUUCAGUUGCAUAUAUGAGUGAAGCUUUCUAUCCUCCUUAUUGUAGGCUCAUAGGAUCUAGGGGAUUAACCUUAACAUGUGUACUGUUUUCAAGUUGAACUAUUGCACCAUCCAUAUGAAAUAUUAAUUUUUUUUGUGAAUAUAACUGACAAUUCCACGGACUAGAAAUUUGACAUUUAAAAAAUGAUACUUUUUCACAUUAUGGGCUAUUUGCUAUGACGUUUAUAUAUUUUUUAUUUUGGUCUAUAUUUUGCUUCCUGCCACAGAAUUAUGCUGGAGUGUGUAUGUGCAUUUUAUGUGUGUGUGCUUGUGUGUGCUGCAGAAAAUGUAGAAGAUGAUGGACACUCAAAUCAAAGUUUAAUCAAAGUCUAUAUUUGCUGCCACUGAAUGAUGGUAAUAUGAUAACGUAUUUGAUUUUGAUUGUGCAUGUUACAGAAGUGUAGAAUUACUGUGAAGCUGUGGGAACAAAACAACACAUAAAAACCAUUUGAUCGUGUAUAGAGGGACCAAGACCCUCAUAUCAAAGGGACUAAAAUGAGUUGAUACAAAUGGACCGUGGAUCAUUCCCUGGGUUAGGGACCAACACAUCUUGUAGAAUUAAAGUGGGGGGAAAAAAUGAUGAUUGGGGGAAAAAGAAUGUUAUUUGAGGGGGGUGGAGUUUCAGAGAAGUCGACUGUAACAAGCUGUGACUGUGCGUUUUUUUCAGUUCGUGACACAUCAGUGCGGUGCUGCCCCUUUACGAAUUUGGAAGAUGCACACAAACAAGGGCUGACAAGCAACCUCGCUUGCUCUAGCCGACGAAGAGAGACGGCUGGUCAUAACGUGUCAGCACUCCUCUUUGUCAAAAAGCCAGCGAGCACGCUGGGAAAUAUCAGGCCAGGACCCCUUAUCUCUUCGAGGACAAUCACUCACGCGCUACAGCUGCGACAGAAACAAACCGAGGAAAACAGAGCAGGGCAUUUGAAAGUGAUGUUAAAGGGCAUGUAAGUCCAGUCGGGACAGCUUUGUUUGCUCUCGUGACUACGAAUACGAGCUAGCUUCAGAAUCUCGCUGUGAAGCAGCAAUUUAACAUUAGCUGGAACGCUAAACUAGGAAUGUGAUAUUCUUACCGUUCACGGCAAACAUAUAUGAUUUUAACAAACGUGAAAAGACGGGUCCCGUUAAGAGAGUGGUUCCGUUAAAUAACUAUGAACUAAAGUUGCUUAGAACUAACUUAGAAGGCAUAGAAACACUGCAUUUGACCAAAUGAGAGCAAGAACUUUCAUAAAGCUAACUGCUGAAAGAAGACAAAAUACAUGCUUGCCAGUCUUCAUCCUCUUUUCACAGAGCAUGUGUUUGUUAUGAUUCAAAUGAGAUUAAAAUCAAUAUGCCAGCUGUGUUUGCAUACAUGGCGAGACCAUUAAAAAGUUUGGGUUUCAACCUGUGAUGGCUGGUAGAAUCCAUUAAUCGAAAUCAAAUUGAAGUUAUCGAUGAGUCAGGGGUCUAGACACAGCUUAAAACUUCGGAGUAGUUCAUUACAUAAUUCAGAGGAUUAGAGAAAUGUUUGUUGCGUAAGAACCUCCUUAUCUGACUGUCCUUAUUUAGGGCCUACUACAUUCGCAUGUGAUGUGGACCAACAUAAUAGACUGAUAAAGGAAGUUGUACUUGGAGCUGAAAACUACAGUGUACCUUUGCCUGACUUUACCGUGACAACGACCCUGGCCCAUGGUUGAAAUUAACCUUGGUUACGUAAGUCUGUCGGCACAACGGGCCAAUUGGAAUAAUCUCAGCAGGGAUUUAAACCGGAACGCCGGACCACCAGACCACAAAAAAUCUGUUACCACAGUAACGGCAGUUUCUUAUCUGAAAGAUUAACACUACAUGGGUGGUGAGUGGCAGAAUGGAUAAGUCAAGAGACCUUUUCUGCGGGGGGGGGGGAAGAUAAUUUUUUAAACAGCUCAGUAGAGUCAGUGGUUUAAAUUAUAAGAUCACCCCAUGAUAAGGUCAUUACAGUUGGCCUAGUGGGGUUUUUUGACAGCAAAGAGAGAGAGAGAGUUGCAGUUAACCGCUUCAGCUGUGUGAUUUACUUUAAAUGAAUAUUUUUUCUUUUAUUUCUGUAAUUGCUAUCUAGCAUGCCAUUCAAUAAAACUGUAUGUGUUGAAACUUUAAUACUUCUGUUGAGUGAUGUAACCAUUUCUAAUGUACAUGUGGUCUUAAAUGUAUUUGCACAUGUUUGAUUGUAGCUAAACGAAAGGUUUUGAUAAACCUAUAUUGUGAUGUUUGUAGUUAAACCAGUAUUGUGUGUAUGUGCGUGUGUGUAUGUGUGCGUGUGUACAUGUGUGUUGUGUGCCUGUGUCUGUGUGUAGACAAAUUAUAUUUUCACUUUAGUCUCUUGUUUAUAAUGGUUUUUACUCCACGUCUCUGAAGCAUUGUAACAUAUAUGAAGGUUUAUGCAGUAAAAACCCAUUUAAAACACA